CCCCGCCCCUCCUUGCCGCGUGGGCGAGCGAGCGGGAUCCGGGUGGGAUCCUCUGCCUCCUCUGCCUGAUCCGGUCGGGGCAGGUGGAUCUGGUCGAAGGAGGGUGCUCCUCAGCUCCCAGGGCGCUCCUCCAGCUCCCUUGGCUCGCGCCGGCCCAAACCCCUCUCUGGCCGGCCACCACUCGGUCGGCUGCGUUCGAUCCGCUUCUGCUUCGAGCGUGUUCUGCUCGAUCCCCUCUGUGUUGACUCAAAACAAAAAGAGCAACAACAGCAGAGUGACUUCCUCAUGUCCUCUUCAGGCUAUGUCGCGGUUCCUCGGUGCUCGGUGAUCUUCGAUGGCACCAACUAUGCCGAGUUUGUGGGCUUCAUGCGCAUCCAUAUGCGUGGACUCCUUCUGUGGGGAGUUCUUUCUGGCGAGGUCCCCUGCCCGCCAUGCCCUGUUGCGCCAGUGGUCCCAAUCCCACCGGUGCCGCCAGCCCUUGCUGCUGAUGCUUCUCAGGCUGACCGGGAUGCCGCCAAGGCUCUAGAUGAUGCUGCAGUUGAUGCUUAUGAUCAGCAGGUGUCAGCAUAUUCUGAUGCUCUUUCUGUCUACCGGGAUGCUCUGUCUGCUUACACUCAGUGGUGCAAUGAUGAUGCUCGAGUUGCUGCCGUUCUCACUGCGAGUGUCCUCCCUCAGUUUGCUUCGGAGUUCAUGGGCCUCAGCACUAUUGCAGCAAUGUGGUCCUAUCUUUGUCAGCGCUAUCAGCCCUCUGGUGAUGCCCUCUACCUUUCUGUGGUGCGUCAGGAGCAUGCUCUUCAGCAGGGUGACUCGUCUGUGGAUGAGUUCUACUCGCAGUGCUCUGCCAUCUGGCGUCAGCUUGACUCACUGCGGACAGUUGUUUGUGGCACUUGCCGUUGCUAUCAGACUACGCGGUCUGACUUGGAGUUUCAGAGGGUUCAUGAGUUCUUAUCUCGCCCCCGAUCUGAGUUUGAGCCUCGUCGUGCUCACCUGCUUGCUCGUGGUCGUGUUCCUAUCUCAGAGGUGCUUGCCGAGCUUCGUACCGAGGAGACCCGUCUUCGCUCUGCAGGGUUACUUGUGGACAUUGUACGCCUCAAGCGUCUACUUGCCUCCUCCGGCUCCUCGUCGACUGGUUCAGCUGCUGCUGUGACUGCAUCCACUUCUCCACCACCGCAGGCCUCUACACAGUCAGGUACAUCUUCGUGGGUUCUGGAUUCCGGAGCCUCCUUCCAUAUGUCUUCUGAUUCUUCUGUGCUGUCUUCCCUCUGA